AUCCAGACAGUUGCGAAUGAUCAUAAUAGUCACUCAUAGCGUUUGUGGAGGGCUAGUAAGAUCUGGUUAAGACAACUCGGACGUGUUGUAAUAUGCCGUCUGCGCUUGCGAGUCAGUUGGUCGCGUCUGCAUCUCUAAAUGCAUCCCUUCUCGACGCUCACACCAACAAACGGAGACGAACAGAGUCGUAUCUUUUCACUGGUCGAGAUGCCGAUAUCCAUGACCUCGACUCGAUCCAUGCACUUGCUAGCAAUGCCUUCGCGCAAUUAUCCUCAUUGUCUCCUGCUUUCACUGCGCGAACCAUAAAAUUGGCUUCAGAUGGGUCUUCCUUGUCUGUGGACUUUGACCAAACUUUAUUUUCCGAGGCUGCAAGGAAUGUCGACCGCACCAUGCAAUCUCGGGAAGUGAACGCGAACCUCGAUCGCACGCUGAAUGCAUUUCUGUCACUGUUAGGACCGUGGCUCAUGGAGGCACCCACAAGCAAAGUAUUAGAGUGGCUGGUCAGGAGAUUUCGCAUCAAUGAAUUCAAUGUCGAUGCAGUUCUUUCCCUCUUUUUCCCUUAUCAUGAAUCCCCGCACUUUGUCAAAAUGCUCUCAAUCUUACACAUAUCCUCUUCCUCCAUCUUUUCAUUUCUGCUACCAUUUAAAUCAGCAGCAACGCCUCUUGCACGGAGUUCGAUGGUCAAAGCCAUGGCUGCCAACCAGGCGGUGGCAAGAUUUAUUGCAUCAUUAUUUCCAACUGCGAUGAGAGGCUCAUGUUCUCAUCGUACACUCGUGGCUUUCAAUGCAGCCACAAUGCACGACUAUAUCGCAUCUUCGCCGACUCUAGAUGAAGGCGUUGUUGCGUUUUUGCUGUCGGCUCUCCUCGCGCCGUUUCAGACUAGUCACAGUGAUGCCAACGCAACUGCAAGUCUCCCCAGUACGACGCCUUACUACGUACUGCUUUCCACACUCUCGCAUAAAGUUUCACUGUCAUCUGCUGCCGUGGCAGCUAUCGUUGGAGCAAUGGCCACUUCGGCUGCUUCAAAGGGCAAACGGAAUACAAAGGACAACAGAUCUAGCGAACAAUUUAUCAAAGUCGCAAUUGCAGUAUGCUCACCUCAAGAAGAGCUUGAAGCUUUUCACGCCAGCACAGGAAAUUCAUGUCUAAAGAUUCCCACAUUUACGGAAGAACUUCGAAGUGCAGUUCAGUUUGUUGGAGCGGAAAAGUUUAUCUUGCCGCUCCUUAAAUGUCUCAAACCCCGACUCGAGGAGCCAGCUGUAUCUUCUCUUUACGCUGCGAUUCUUAGUGCCACGGGUACCCCUCUGAGAUUGCUUGAGCGUUUGGUGUCCUCGCUCAUACGAUUGAUUCUCGCUGGCAGCAACGAAGAGUCUGUCGCAACUUCAACAACUAAUGCUGCGCGUGCACUCUUGUCUCUCGUCCAUCAACGUCACGUUGAUAUUCUUCGUGAUGCCGUGGGCGAAAUCAUCGAUGAAGGAGAGAGCGAGUAUAAAGGCGACGAUCAGCGAACAAAAAAGAAAGAGCGGAAGAAGAAAGCGGAUGAGUUGAUGAUCUCGUUUUCAGUGAGUCAUCCGUGGGCUCAAAGUACCAACGUCAAUGAGAUUGUUGUUGCUUCAACAAGCUCCACCAAGGAGGCACGCGUCGGAGCUGUCGAGCAGCUGUACAAAAUUUUACAAGGGGGGUUGACGCUCGAGGCAUCUGAUAGGGCCUCAAUACAAUCAGCUCUGCUCGCUCGUGUCUAUGAUACGCACGCUGGAGUUCUCCACGCGCUGUACUCUUCGCCUGAAGUAUUCCUCUCGACGGUAACUUCAAGCAUCACCCCUCAAAAACUCCUGGAUACCGUCGUCUCGCAGAUUGUUCCCGACCCACCAGCUCGCACUGUUCUUAUUGCGCACGUUGCUUUUCUCGCCGGUCAUUUUAGUCAGACCUACCCGGAGUUAUCACAAGCCGUACAAGAACGUGUGCUAUUUCCGUACCUGCUUGCCAGCAAAUCAAAGUUCAGGACUGCGCGAAGAGUGUGGAAGGCACUGAAGGAGGUCGGGGGUACUACGACUGGAUGGUUGAGAGGUUGUGUGGACAUCUGGGAAAAGGCUGACCUUUUACGUGGCAAGAAGGAUGAGGAGAGCGACGAGGCAGACGUGGAUAUGGAAAAAAUUUGCCAGGCCAAUCUCGAUGUGGCAGCCAAAAUUGCAGAGAACAUCCUUACUUCCAAUGACAGUUCAAGCGAUAUUUCCCUCAUUCUCUUCAAGCUACAUGACCUCCUUCCACACGGUCGCGCCCUUGCCUACCUAGUCGUCCGCGUUUUGCUACUCAACACGUCAUGUGGACAGCAGGUCGACAUAGCCUUGCAGGCUCUGGCCGCGAUGAAGUUGCAAUCUGUUGACGGUUUCGGUGAUCUCGCAGAUAGCUGCACGAACUUACAAGAGGGACUCAAUGAUGGUACGCUGGGCAUGAAAGUCGCGACAAAGCCUGGAGGAAGAAUCACCGUGAUGUUUCUUCAGGCGUCCAUAUUGGCGCUGAUCCCAGCUGUUCGGCUAGUUGACACACGUACACCUACUUGGAUUACAACUUCAUCAUUGAAUGAUUUGCCAUCUGAAAAGAAGAGCAUUGAAGGCCGCUACGUUACUCUCAUGCAGGACCUAUACGUUAUCGCUGUCGCUUCUGGAAGUGCCACUCCAUCGCAGUUGUCUACCCAUCUCAUCCAGGCACUCUUUCUAAACCUGAGAGAUACUUCUCUUAUGUUCUUACUUGGCGUCCUUCUUUCGCGAUCUCCAGCCCUGGAGCGCGUGCGAACACGUGCGAUCUUGCAUGCUUUAGCGUUCUUACGCGGGCACAACUCUCACAAUGCCGUCGACUUUCAGACAGUAUUGCCUUCGUUCAUAGCGGUGCUCAUGGAUGCGCGGACAGACAAGCAAGGACGUGCUUUGAUAUUCGAGUGUAUCUCGGUGUUGGCGUCUACCUCGGAGAGGAAACAUGUCUAUGGGCUGGACACUAUAUACGGAGCAGAGUCUACGCACCUUCAAUACCUUGACGCAAAGGAUCUCGAGACUUGUUUGAAGGCCCUCCUCGAAUGCCGCACUCUCCUUGCGCAAGACGGUAAUUAUAUCAAAGUAUUCCACCAACAACACUUUGCCGCUGCCAGUGCAAAAUACAGGCGCCGAGUGAUCUGUUACUUGCUGUCGCACGCAGUCACUCAUCCAGUGCCCGAAGCUCGCAUAUCCAUCAUGUCGUCUGUCGAGGACGUGUCAGACACUGCAAGAUCGCACAUGGUGAUAUCUGCCAUGGAGACAUUGGCCAAGGAUCCAGCUCCCAUCUCAAAAUUAUUCGGCGUCAACUUCCACCGGUACACCGCUCUCGUAGCAUCUACAUUCCUCAGCGUCCCUGUUGGAGAUUUGAAUGGAGGCCCUGAAAAUUCAGUUUGGCAGGUGUUCGGUUUGGCGUUGCAAACAUACUUCAAGCCAAAUGCAAUCGCUGCAGUUAGGAAACUUUUUUCAGGCGCGUUAGAAGAGAGACUUUUUGCGCAUCUCGACAUGACACGGCAGGCUCAAAUUUGCGACAUCCUUUUGUCAGCAGGAUCGCUGGGCAAUGAAGUGUAUGUGUGCGCGAAGGAGCUUCUGAGCAACCUUCUCCAGGACGUCCAUCUGAUUAAUCAUCUGCUCGUGGUUUAUCAACCUAAUGGAGCUCAGCCGGAUACUCCUGCUAGUAAACGUGCUAAGCUCGAUAACUCGUCUCACGGAAAUGUCGAGGAAAAAAUGUCGAUAUUUACUUUCCUUGCUGAAGUUCUCGGAACGAAGGAACUUCCUGGGUCACUUGACCUUCUAACACAGCUCCUUGACACUCUUGGCAAAAUUAUCCAUUACGACUCGCCGAUUCCAUCCGAUACGAGCUAUCCUUGCCAGAUGUUAAUGGCUGCUGUGGAACAAGCAGCGAGCAAAAUCACGGAGCCUCUUGCUAGACCCAUACGAUUAGACAUUCUUGUCGAAAUCAUCAGAGUAUCGGAAAACCCGCAGACGUUCCAUCAGGCACUCCUCCUCAUGGCAAGUCUGGCUCGACUCACGCCCGAUUCAGUGCUUCAUAACAUCAUGCCCAUCUUCACAUUUAUGGGCACCAAUGUGUUCCAUCGUGACGACUCGUACAGCUUCAAGGUGGUGCAAAACACUAUCGAGAACAUUGUUCCUGUCAUGGUGUCAUCGCUCAAAUCCCGACACCCUCCUGGACUCGAACUUUACAUUGGUGCUACGGAGUUCUUGCGGAUCUUCACGGACGCGUCCAACCAUAUCCCACGUCAUCGUCGACAAAACUUUUUCAUACAUCUCGCCGAUGUGCUUGGGCCUCAAGAAUUCUUGGCCCCAAUUUGCAUGUCGCUGGUGGACAGGGUGGCUAAUCGGGUGAGUCGGCAACAUGAGGAUGAGGCUUCAACCUCGUUAGGACUCCCGAUAUUACUGCUACGCCAUUUCCCCCGAGAGCUACAUCUUCAUGUUCUUAAAGAAGUGUUGCGGGAAGCGAAAAGGCUUAUUCGCAAUAUCGCAUUUCCUGACGAGGCAGGUGCUACCUUUUUGGAUUAUGUUCACGAUGAUGAGCACUCUGCGAGAUCGUCCUCUAUCAUCAAGCGACGUGCUCAGGCGCUGAUUAUGUUUGUCGGCUAUGCCAUCACACCCACGCCUUCCACCGAUAUAUCAACGGGCGACAACGCGACAACGGAACUUGUCUCUCUUUUGGUCGAUCUUGGCACAAUGGAAGGCGACAGCAACAUUUCAGACAUCGUGUCGGUCACACAACAGACCACAUCAAAAGUGAUGAAUGCCAUCGGGGCAGCAGACUUCCUGAACGGAGCUUUAGUCAUGCUGCAAUCAGAUGAGACUAGGAUCAAAGCUGGUGCUCUUGAAAUCCUCGCAGAGAGGAUACCCAAAGUUACAGAAGCAGUCCGUCGCGAACAACAGAAGACUGCUAUAUCGAUUAUCGAUUGCAUUCGGGAUGUCGUUUCUCGCCAGUCAGCCGGUGUACUAGAGUCAGCAUUGGUAUCUACUGUCCCUUCUGUCAUCAAAAUUAUCAAAGCACGUGCAUCGUUGCAAUCUGCUGUAGCUGUGUUACCGUGUUACGUAUCCUCUCUUGGACCUCGGCUUAUACCUCACUUCCGAGAGAUUGCACAAGAGUGUACAUCAGUCCUCCAAGAAGGAUUGAGUGGCAAAAUGGCGCAAUCUUCAGUGGAUAGUACAAUUUCUACCCUACAGGGCUUGGUAUCGACGCUUCCUGCUUUCUACGGUGCUGCAGAACUCAGAGGCAUCGUCAAACUUCAUCUGGAAUACUCUGUCACUUUGAGUGGUCCCAUGACAGGGUUUAAUGAAAGCUAUUGCAAAGAAGAUCCCAGCAACAUGCUACUACCGGUACUCUGCGAUCUGUGGCCCAAUUUGGAAAAAUCUCAGAAAAAGGAACAUGUUGAUAGACUCGUCGCAUUUUUUGUCUUUUUCAAACGCAGUCUUCGGGUAGCUCGACGUCCUGACAUCCAGGAACAUAUCCGUUCAAUUUUUUCAGUAUUCCUCGACGGCUUUGGCGUGAAUAUGAAGUCUACGACUGGUUCCAGAGAUGGAGAACCUCAUAUUAUUUCGGCAUUCUUGGAACUUGUUGUGAAGCUUAACGAGACGGCCUUCAGACCGUUUUUCCGUCGUUUGUAUGACUGGGCAUUCGCAGCUGAGAGUGAAAACAUUGAGCGUAAGGUCACGUUUUGUCACAUGUACUCUGCCUUGUUGGACUAUUUCAAGGGCUUGAUGAACCCUUACAUGACGAUGCUUCUGCAGGCUUUGUGCGACAUAUUGGAGUCUUUGGCCACAGGGUCCAUUCAAAAUCCGUCUCUAUGGUUGUCAACAGUCGAGACCCUCACAAAGAGUUUCGAAAAUGACGACGGUGUGUUCUGGCGUGACGACAAACUGACCUCUGUAGCGAAGCCUCUGACAGCGCAAGUUUCGAGUUGCAUCAGAUUGAAUAUCACAGACGGGAAACAAGCACUAACGAACUGCUUGAUUGCCAUGACGAGCGUGGCCGUGGAUGAUUCCUUACUCAAGUCCAUCAACCUUGACCUGCUCAUGCACACUCGCGCAGAGGAUGCUCGUGAGCGCAUAUUCGCUCUAUCCUGCUCAGAAGCCCUCUGGCGCGAACAGGGUGGGAAGCUCAUUGGUUUCGUAGCAGAAACCGCUACAUUCAUUAGUGAGUGUGCUGAGGACGAGAACGACAGUGUCGUCCGUGAGACACAUAAACUUAAGAAUGCAGUUGAAGGCGUGGCCGGGAGUAUCAGUGGAUUAUGAGCAUGUUUAAAAGGGUGUAAGCUUGAUAGAUGGUAGCUAGAUGAAAUACUAGUCAUGUUUUUCAUCUAG